ACUCAAUCAAAAGAUUGAAGUAGGGCACUAACGAUAAAACACUUUUUGUUAUUGAAUGUGUAAUACUGUGACAUAUCUUCUGUCUGAUUUAAUUAUUGCAUGUGUAAAGACAUGCAUAAAACACAUUCAUAGAACCUAUCUAAUAUUUAUUUUUGGAGAAAAACAACUAUUAUUUGAGGAAGGAAAUAAAAAUUUCUCACCACAUAUAUUUCAACAAGAAUUGUGCAAUGGGUUGGAGAUCGUCUUUAGAUCUGCUUCUGACAGUUUUUACUACUUGUGCCAUCAAAGGUCAAGAUGAUCAAAUGCCACCUAAAAUCACGAGUAUCUUCAACACUGAAUACUUUUUCCCUCGAGAUUUCAUUUUGACAGAUGCAUUUUUUAGCUGCAGAGCACAGAAUGGACAUAUUCGAUAUGAGUGGAAUAAAGAUGGCAAUGCUGUACAAAAUAGCCAGUUUGUAUCAAUUGACAAAUCAACAGGAGCUCUUAAGUUUGUCAAGAUGCAGAAUGAAGACUACGGAACUUACCAAUGCUUCGCUACAAAUGAUAACGGAACAUCAAUUUCAAUGCCAUUCAAAGUGAAAGAAUCAACAUUGGGAUCUUUUCCCAACAGUCAAAUUAAAGAGGAACAAUGUUUAGAAUAUCAACAUUGCAAAGUUGUAUGUCGGGACAAACCAAGUUGUUUUCCGGACUCAAAGUGUAGAGUGGAGUGGAAAAUCGGAGAAGGGACUAAAACCAAUGUUGAGAUUAAUAAACGUGUCGGGGUGGAUGGAGAAGGAAAUUUACAUUUUCUGUGGACAGACCACAAUGACUGGACUGGUCAGCAGUAUAGAUGUGGUUUGUGGCAAGAACAACUGAAGAUGUUGGUAGUUGGCAGUCAAACAAGAUUAAUAAUCAACAAUACAAGAGCUGUUUCGGAAAAAGAGCCAAUCCUGGUGUUAAAAGAAGAUGGCAAAGCCCUGGUAGGGGGUAAUGGCGUAUUGAGGUGCAUGUUCUCUGGCUACCCUGUGCCAGACAUUGAAUGGAUUUCCCCUCAAAAUACAAUCAUCAGAAAUGUCUCUAACAAAUAUGAGAUUAUUGACAAUGGUAGAGUACUGACAAUCUUGAAAGCAGAACAAAAGGACGAAGGGGUUUACUAUUGUAAAGGAAAGGGAAAAACAGAGUCUGGUCCUCAGAGCGUUAAUUUGAAUGUCACUUCGGCUCCUUUUCUGACUGGAUAUAAUCAAAUGCAUGAUGUGGUGGUAACUAAGGGUAAAGAAGUCUCAUUUCGCUGUGAAGUUAAAUCAUUGUCUACAGAAAUGCCACCUUCUCGGCCGAUAUGGAAGAAAAACGGAAAGAAUCUGGAUAUUUAUAGAGGGAAAUAUAUUAUCAACGAGGAUAACCAAGUGUUGACAGUUACUGAUGUACAGAAGUCGGAUACAGGGGUCUACCAGUGUAUGUCAGAAAACAGUGAGGGGGUUCUACUGAAGGAGGCCAUACUUAAGGUUAUUGAUCCAAUAACAAUCCGAGAGCGUCCUCUGGAAAGCUACACGAUUGUGCCGGGGGACGUACUGAACCUAGCGGUAGUCGCUGAUACUGAUCCCUCUCUCACUCUGCAGUACAAAUGGAUGUUUACUGACCAUCAAGGCAACGAAAAGGAAAUAGAAACCAAUAAGUAUUGGAGUAUCUCACGACCUGUUCAGAACAAUUUGACCAUUGAUUUAAGGCAAAUUACAGAUCCGAGUAUUCUCUUUUCUCUAACAGGGUACUAUAGCGUAAUAGUAUACCACAAAUAUGACCAAAAACGUAUUUAUUUUACCGUGCAAACUGACAUUAUCACAAUGGAAACAGACGUUAUUCCUACAACAGCUGUACCUCAGAAACCUAUCGAUCAACACACCUAUCCGGACACCAUCAUCUACAUCGUUGUAUCCACUGAAACCUUCAUUAUAAUCAUUGAAAUCAUCAUCAUCGUAUCGUUCCUUAAUCGAAGAAAACACGGCAGAUUUCGUUAUAAAAAUAAGAAAAAAGUGCCCCCCAGAUAUGACAUUGAAACGAGACAAUUGUAAUGGUUACCAGGACAUCCAAACGACAUAAUCAUCAAAAGAAAUAUAACAUUAAUUAUGGCUGGCUCAAAUUGUUUUGAUUUGUCAGAAAGAAAGAAAAAACAAUCAAUUACAGUUUGUAGUAAAUAAGUUUUCUAAGUUUGAAUUUUCUGCUGAUUGACUUAAUAUUUACGUCAAGCACAUUAGGUGAUCUGAUCGAAAGAAUAUUUGAAUCCGGCUAAACUAUGCAUCAUAGUACUGUCGCAUUUUACUGCAUGUGUAAGGAUCAAUUACAUCUUGCACAUACAUGUAAAUAUUUUGGAAAUAUAUAAAUAUACAUUAUAAACAAAGUGGUUCAUCAAAUAAGCUAUGUUUUCCUGAGUUAGAUAUGGUUCUAUAGUUUCUCAAGUUAGCUAUGUUUAUAUGGUUUUUCAAGUAAGCAUCUAUGGAUUUUAUUGUGUUCACAAUUUAAAGUAUACAUGUAUAUACGUUCGUGAAAUUAAAUAAACAAGUGGUAAAUCUUGUGACUUCUUUUCUUCGAUAACCAUUUAAUGUUGUGCAUCGACUCGGCAUAUAAAAUUUAUGAGAACAGUUGCUCAAUGAAUAAUAAGUUAGCCACAGUUAAUGAUAGUUUUGUAAAUCUUGCUUAUGGUUCAUAUGGUUAUAAACCUUCAGACCAUUAUUCUUAUGCCUUUCAUGUACAUAUACAUGUGCAUGUACAA